CGUUUGAUUUGCUGCCUCCCCUGUUGCCUCGUAUACCCUCUCUUCCCGGGUAUGGAUCCCGCGUCGGGGCGGCGCCAUCGACCCGACAGCCCGAAAGCGCUCGUAUAUCUUCGGAACUUUCCGUGACACGGUGGAGCUAACCACUCCGCGCUGGCUUGCCACCGGCCGCCGCCGCCGCCGCUGAACCAAACCAACUGCUCCUCUCGCGAGUUUAAAGCUGCCGCUCGCCACGCCACCUCGCGCGUUCAUGCUCCGCCGCCCCCGGCAAUGGCUGCCGCAGCGGUGACCUCGCCCUCGCCGGAUCCCUUCACGUUUCACUGCCCCGCGGCCCUGGCGGCGGCGGCUGAGGCCGACGGCGACGAGUUCGAGUUCCACGUCGUGCCCGCGGCGGCGGCGGCGCUCUCGGCCGCCGACGAGCUCUUCUCCGGCGGGAAGCUCGUGCCUUUGCACCGGCCCGCGCCCGCGUCUGCCCCGUGCUCCCCUCCGCCGUGCCUGGAGGUCGAGCCCGCGUCCGAGCCGACGUCCCCGCGCGCCCCGCGAUGCGCUGGGCGGCGGUGGCGCGACCUCCUCCACCUCGUGUCCAGCUCCAAGAAGGCGAAGGACGGCACCAAGAGCGCGGAUGGAUGCCUGAAACGCCGGGACACGCAUUUCCGGCCGCUCCUCUCGCGGGACUCCUCGUCGUCCUCGUCGGCCUCUUCGGUCGACUCCGGCAAGCACGCGCGACGCCCGCCGCCGCCGUCGUGUUCCCCGCUGCGGACGCGCUCCGCGCCGGUGGCGAACCUCCUUCACCUCAUGUCCAGGACAAGAUCCGCCGCGGACAAGUUCGGCGCCGCCGCGGACGCGACACCACAUCCCAAGCGGCAGGAGCCGGCGUGCGCGCCGCACCCGCUCCUGACCCGCGCCUCGUCCUCGUCCUCGGCGUCCUCCUCGGACUCCGGCAGGAACCCGCGCGCGUCGGCGCCGUGGCGGCCGCGCGGCCCCUCGCGGCCGUCGGGGCCCGCGGUGGCGGCGGAGAGCCCGCGCGUGAGCGCGUCGGGGCGCGUGGUGUUCCGCGGCCUGGAGCGCUGCUCCAGCACGCCGGCGUCCGCGGGCAUCGGCCCGCGCCGGCCGCGGCCCCGGGGCAUGGAGAGGUCGUACUCGGCCAAUGUGCGCGUGGAUCCGGUGAUCAACGUCUUCGGCUUCGGGCUCCUGUUCAUGCCGUCCUCGCCGGCCAAGGAGAGGAGGUCCGACAAGGAGAAGGAGAAGGACGGCGCCGGCCGCAGGAACCGGCCGGAGAAGCUGGCCAUGGUGCUGAGAGAUCCACACGAUUAGGCAGCGGCCAUGCUGGCAAUAAUGCAUCAGAUUCUUCUUGUCUCGAAUUUUUUGUUGUUUCUCCGUAUUUUUCCUCCUCGCCUACAUAGUCCAACCUUUUCUUUUAGAUUCAGAUGAAAGAAAUCCAGAUAAACUACGGUGAGAUUGAGAUCUCAACUGUAACUCUGAUCCCGAUCGAAGAUCAAUGUUGGUCCAUGUAAAAAAGCAAAUACUGCUACGUCUUACUCCAUGAACAGCACAUUUUUCUGUUCCAAAAC